AUGAUUGGCGAGUCAAGAUCAGAGUUUAGACUUAAGAACCCACCAGAAGACAGUAUAUCCUCUGUAAAGUUUGGACCUAGUUCAUCUCAGUUUUUAUUAGUAUCAUCUUGGGAUUGUUCAGUUCGGCUUUAUGAUGUCCAGGCGAAUAGCAUGCGCACAAAGUAUACACAUGAUCGGCCAGUAUUGGAUGUUAGCUUUCAGGAUGCAGUUCAUUCAUUUAGUGGUGGUCUAGAUAACAAGUUGAAAAUGUAUGAUUUGAAUAGUAAUUCUGAAAGUGUCCUAGGCUCACAUGAUAAUGCAGUACGCUGUGUUGAGUAUUCUAACGAAGUGAAUGUAGUUUUAUCCGGUGGUUGGGACGGCAAUGUUAAAAUGUGGGACACAAGAACAUCUCAAUGUGUUGGAACCCUCCCCCAACCUGAUAAAGUUUUCACUAUGAGUAAUGUAGGUGAAAAACUGGUUGUUGGCACUGCUGGGCGUAAAGUAUUUGUUUGGGAUUUAAGAAACACGGCUUAUAUAAUGCAAAGGAGAGAAUCAAAUUUAAAGUUUCAAACAAGGUGUAUUCGUUGCUCACCAAAUAAACAAGGUUAUGUGUUAAGUAGUAUUGAGGGACGUGUGGCUGUUGAAUAUUUUGAUACAGCUCCAGAAAUUCAGAAGAAAAAAUAUGCUUUUAAGUGUCACAGAAUAAAAGAUAAUGAUAUCGAAUGCAUUUACCCAGUCAAUGCUAUAAGUUUUCAUCAAGUAUUUAAUACAUUUGCCACGGGUGGUUCUGAUGGAUAUGUAAAUAUUUGGGAUGGUUUUAAUAAAAAAAGAUUGUGCCAAUUUCAUCGUUACAAUACAGGAAUUACAUCUCUAUGCUUUAGUCAUGAUGGUUCAUCUUUGGCUAUUGGCAGUUCCUACAUGUAUGAACAAGACGUACAUCCAGAUCCAAUACCUGAAAAUAAUGUUUAUAUUAGGUAUGUUACCGAUCAAGAAACUAAACCAAAAUAA